AAAACCCUCCUCUCCACUCUCUCUCCAUCGCUUUCUCUUUCUUUUGUUUUGUCGCUACUCGCCGACCCCGUUAAGUCUGCAUAAAGGAAGAUUAGCGCACCAGAAAAAAAAAAUCCAAAGCAAUAGCCGCUGCUAGAUCACAGACAUUUGGUUUUUAGCUUACAGAAACAAAAAGAUCGUUAUAGAUCUAGAGAGAGAUAGAGAAGGGUAGGGAAUUUUUUUUUGGGCUAAAAAUGGAUAAAAGCUGUCACUCUUCUGGUGACUCUAUCGCCAAUACCAGUUGCUCCGAUGCCAACAACAUUAACAAUCGAGAUUAUUACCUUAAACACCUCAACAAGCUUUCCCAUAAGAUUUCCAAGCCCUCCUCGACCACCACCACCACCAACGUCCCUCCGUUCGUCCAAAAACCUUCCUUUGACCAGACUCAGAACCUCAACCAGGCGCUUCCACCUCAACCUUACCAGCCUCAGAAUUCUAACCAAAGCAGUCUCCAGGCUCAACAACACCAGCCACCCGUUUACAACAUCAAGAAAAGCGACUUCAGGGAUGUCGUACAGAAGCUAACUGGUUCACCGGCUCACGAGCGGUUUUCUACUCCUCCACCAAUCCACCACCCCAAACAGCAAAGCUCUCGACUCCAGAGGAUCCGGCCUCCUCCAUUGGCGCACGUUAGCAAUCGCCCUCCUUCCAUGAUUAAUUGCGCCUUCCCGGACAUGAACCCUUCCGGAUGCUCUCAACCUAACCCUCCUAGCGGUGGCCCCACUGGUAAUAGCUUCAUUCAAAGGCCACCUGCUGCGGCACCUCUGUCACCUCUCCCGCCGUUUCCUGCUGUACACGCGGCGGCCGAAUCUCCGAUCUCUGCUUAUAUGCGAUACCUACAAAGCUCUAUGUCCGCUACUGCUGAUUCCAAUCCAAAGCAAUUCUCAGGAUUCCCACCAUUGGCCCCACUGGUUUCACCCCGUUGGAACAACUUGACCGCCCCACAACAACAGCAUCAACCACAGGUGCUACCGCCGCAGCAACCACAGCAACAACAACAACAACCGCCACAGAUAUCAUCAACGGGGAUGAUCCAGCCACAGUUACCGUCAUCACCACUACCAUUCGGGUGCCUGAAUUCUCCACGGUCACCAUAUGCUUUACUUUCCCCAAGUUUGCUAUUUUCUCCAAAUCCGGGUCAGUUAGGAUUGCCGCUUUCACCAACGCUGCCUGUGCCGAGCCCAAAAUGGCGAGGUCUUUGAUAAUUCUAAUCUGAGGCAAGUCUUCAAAAGGAGAAAAAUUGUGGCGUCAGGGUUUUUGUACAUGGUUAGCGUUGGCGGAGAAUUUUAUUCAAUUACCAGUGGUCGGAUAAAGAAAAAAAUUUUGACUCGCCCCGGUCAUUUAGAAGUUAGAAGCUUGUUUUUUUUUUUUUUUUUCGUCGUUAUGUAAAAACAGAAACUUUAAAUUAUGUUCUUUUUGUUGAAAAUUGGGUGGAGAAAAAACAGUUCAAAAGUUAGUAGUAUCAUAUAAGAUUUGUUCUUGCUAUAUUUAUGAUGUUUAUGUUUGUAUCUGCUAAUCAUAUUUUAGCCAUUUGUGGAUAUAAAGUAUCUAUUUUUUGGCAAUAAUUGGAUAAGUUGUUGCUUG